AUGGGUAAAGGAAAGCCAAGAGGUCUCAACGCCGCCCGCAAGCUCCAGAACACCCGCCGUGAGGGUCGUUGGGCCGAUCUGAACUACAAGAAGCGUCUUCUCGGUACCGCCUACAAGUCCUCGCCCUUCGGUGGUUCAUCUCACGCCAAGGGUAUCGUCCUCGAGAAGGUCGGUGUCGAGGCCAAGCAGCCCAACUCGGCCAUUCGCAAGUGUGUCCGUGUCCAGCUCAUCAAGAACGGCAAGAAGGUCACUGCUUUCGUCCCCAACGAUGGUUGCUUGAACUUCGUCGAUGAGAACGACGAGGUCCUUCUCGCUGGUUUCGGUCGCAAGGGCAAGGCCAAGGGUGAUAUUCCCGGUGUCCGUUUCAAGGUCGUCAAGGUCUCCGGUGUCGGUCUCUCUGCUCUGUGGAAGGAGAAGAAGGAGAAGCCCAGAUCGUAA